UGAAUCAAAAUUCCCAAAUCCGAAGAAACGGAGCCACUAGGGUUAGGGUUUCACUUGGACGCCUUUGAUCGAUCAAUCGAUUUCAUCCUCAAUCUCUGGAAUCCUGUUGCUUGAAGCCAUGGCAACGCCUGCGACGACGAAGAGAAAGCCAGUAUUUAUCAAGGUGGAUCAGCUAAAACCCGGUACAAAUGGCCACACGUUGACCGUGAAGGUGAUCAGCUCUAAUCCAGUGAAGACUGUCAACAACAAGGGCAGUCGAUCGUCAAUGGUCCUUGGGCGGCCUGCUCGUCCCACACUCAUCGCUGAGUGUCUUGUAGGUGAUGAGACUGGCACCAUCAUUUUCACAGCUCGCAACGAACAGGUGGAUAUGAUGAAGCCAGGCGCCACCUUGAUUUUGCGAAACGCAAAGAUUGACAUGUUCAAGGGCUCGAUGAGGCUUGCAGUUGAUAAAUGGGGACGUGUUGAAGUAACCGAGCCAGCAAAAUUUGAGGUCAAAGAGGAUAACAAUCUUUCUUUAGUGGAAUAUGAACUAGUUAAUGUUGGUGAGGAGUAAUUUUAGCGUCAGGAAGCGAAUGCUUUGUAUUAAGGGAGAGUUUCUAUCUUUUUCACGUGGCCAUUGAACUAUUAACUGCAGCACAGUAUUCAUUUGGCACAGCCAUGACUGUUCAGCCUUGAAAUUUCUGUAGUAAAAGUAAAAUUUAUCUUUCAGUGAGCAAAUACAGUUGCCUAA